AUGUCUAGGUUGAUCACCGUCUUUGGUGCCACCGGCAACCAGGGUGGUUCCGUCAUCGAUGCUAUCCUCGCCGAUCCCCAACUCUCAAAAGAAUUCAAGAAAUCAGCCCAGGAGCUGGCCAAACGGGGCGUUGAAGUUGUCACUGCUGAUUUAGGCUCCAUCAACUCUCUUACUGCAGCCCUUGAGGGCACCCACACCGUCUUCCUGGUCACCAACUACUGGGAGACCAUCAAUGCCGACAUUGAAUACUCCCAAGGGAAGAAUGUGGCUGAUGUAUCCAAAGCUGUUGGUGUCUCUCACCUCAUCUUCUCUUCCCUGCAUCAUGUGAAGGAAGAGAGCAAGGGACGACUCACCCAUGUUCCUCAUUUCGAUAGCAAGGCCAAUGUUGAGAAGUACAUUCGUGCUUCAGGAGUGGGGUGCAGCUUUGUCCUUCCUGGGUACUACAUGAGCAACUUCAAGCAGAUGCUCAAUCGGGCUGAGGAUGGUUCAUACCAGCUCUUCUACCCUGUCGGCAAGCAAGCCAAGUUCCCCUGUUUGACGCUGCCCAGGACACAGGCCGCAAUUAAGCACGCGGAUCAGUUGAAGAACAAGAGAAUUCUGGCAGCUGCCAAGUACUACACCCCUGAAGAAAUUGUGGACACUUUCUCGCAGGUUUCCGGCAAGAAGGCUGUCUUCAUACAGGUUUCUCCAGAGCAGUAUAAAGCCUCCUUGCCUCCUGCUGUUGCGGAGGAGUAUCUCGAGAAUCAGCUGUUCGUCGAGGAGCCUGGCUACUACCUCGGAGAGCCCCUGGAACCUAGUCUGAAGCUCCUCGACUCUAAGCCUACUACCUGGGCGGAAUUUGUCCAGAAGAAUGUUUCCGCCUGGAAAUGA